AUGCAUCCGUUGUCGUUCGUCUGUGUUGUCAUUUGUUUUCUCCUGCACAUAUCUGACAUGCCUCUCCUCACCCAGAACACACCGUUGGACCCCCACCUCCAGCCCCCCAGCGUUUCAGCCCAGACAAAGGAGGAAUUUACCUCCUCGAGUGAGUUCUCCGGGCCUCGGCUAGCAGAGCAGCGCACGCACACCCAAGAACACACAUCCCUCCUGGGUCUCAUCUGGAACCAGCAUCCGUUUCACUGAAAGUUUUGCUGUCGUGCGGCUCUGAUGUGGGCAUAAAUACAGCUGAGACAAUAUGAGUGGGGAAAGAAACAGUGUCAGCCUUUCAGAGGGCCUGCUGUUCGACGGAUCAGGGAAAGGACUCGUUGUCGCGGGAACCACAGUGGCUGCAAAAGGCGGUUUGCGGGCCGAGGAUGAGAUUGUCGCAGCCACCAUAAAACUGAACGACCUGGAGGAAGACGAAGUGCUGAGCAUCCUGAAUGCCCUCAAGCCGUAUGAAGACAAGCUAAAAGUUCUGACAAAGAAGGACCUGAGUGCCAACGGUGGCUUCGGUCUCCUGGGGAUACUCCCAGAAAACGAUCUCUCCCUGGAUGCACCAACCCUUUCCUUGGACGGUCGGGGUGUGAAGCUCAAUGCCGACACCACAGCGCCCCGGCUCCAAACUCCAGACGCCUCCUUCAGCCUGGACAAACCGGUCCUAAAGACGGGCACCUUGAAACAUCAGGCGCCCAAAUUCUCCAUGCCACACUUCAACUUGCCGGCGGUGGAAACGCCAAAAACAGAAGUGGGUGUGUCGGCUAUUGCGGGGGCGCCAGACCUCAAACUGUCUGCUCCGAAAGUAGAUCUUGAAAGUCCGGGAUUGAACCUGAAUGGACCUAAAGUGGGUUUGAAUGGUCCAGAUGUAAAGGUAGACACACCAAAUGCUAAUAUUGGGACGCCCCCAGGCAAGAUCAAGUGGCCCCAUUUAAAAUGGAAAAGUAGAAAGGCUAAAACCCCAGAUGUUGACUUAGAAGCUGACCUUUCAGCUCCUGAUGUUAGCAUCCCCAAUCCAAACAUUGAUGGUGAAUUAAGAGCACCACAUGUUGACCUUAACGGGCCCAAAGCUGAGUUCAAAGGCCCUGAUGUAGAUGUUCAAACCCCUGGUCUGGAUAUGGAUUCCCCAUCUGGGAAAAUCAACUGGCCCCAUUUGAAGUGGAAGAAAAACAAACUGCAUGGCUCAAAGGGUGAUCUGGACUUAGAUGCAAACCUUGAUGCACCAGAUGUUGACCUCUCUGUUCCAAACCUAGAGGGAAGCCUCAAUGCUCCAAAGGUAGAUGUUGAUGGUCCCGCUCUGGACGUUCAAACCCCAAACCUUGAUGGAGAAGUUCCGUCUGGUAAGAUUAACUGGCCUCAUUUGAAAUGGAAAAUGCCUAAAGGCCCGAAGGCAGAUCUAGAUGUAGAUGGAAACUUAAACACGCCUGAUCUGAACCUCAGAUCUCCACAGAUUGAGGGGGAUGUCAAUGUGCCAAAUGCUGAGCUGAACCUCCCAAAAGCUAACCUCCAGGGUCCUGAGAUAGACGGCCAAGCCCCAGAUCUUGACAUUGAUGGUCACGGAAAGAUAAACUGGCCUCAUCUUAAAUGGAAAAAGCCCAAAUUUCAUGGCCCAAAAGCCAACGUGGAUGCCAACCUAAGUGCCCCAGAUGCCGACCUUUCACUUCCAAAGUUUGACGGGGAGAUAAACUCUCCAGAUGUUGAUCUGAGUUUACCGAGAGCUGAUGUUGACGUGAAAACCCCAAAUGUUGACAUUGAGUCGCCAUCUGGCAAGAUAAAAUGGCCAACUCUGAAGAAACCCAAAUGGGCUCUCUCACAACCUAAGGUCAAUGGCCCAGAUGUUGACGUGAAUGCUGAUGUUUCAGCUCCUAACUUGAACCUCUCAGCGCCAAAGAUUGAUGGUGAGAUAAAUGUCCCAGACGUGGAUCUGAACUUACCAAAAGCAGAACUGGAAGGCCCAAAGUUGGAUAUCGAUUCUCCAGAGAUUGACAUUGACGGCCCCUCAGGAAAACACAAAUGGUUCCACUUCAAAAAACCCAAAUUUGGCACACUGAAAGGGCCCAAAGCGGACGCUGAUCUCAACUUGAAAACCCCAGAUGUGGACCUGAAAGGACCUGAUGUGGAUUUGAGUCUGCCAGAUGUCAACCUGUCAGCACCCAAAAUAGAUGGUAGGAUUGAUGCCCCGGACCUUAACGCCAGCCUCCCAAGUGCUAAGGUCCAAACUCCAGAUGUGGAUCUUAAAGGUC